AUUGCUAGUGCAAAGAAGAAAAGGAAAAGAGCAAGUGUCACUCCUUCUAAAGCUUCAUUAGGAACUGCCAGUGAUUCUGAUGGUGCAAUUGGUGAUCAUCCGGAUACAAAUGCUAUAAACCGAACACUAAGUAACCUUUAUAUGACCGGAAAAGGUUUUAAUACACCACAAAAAGAUAUUUCGAUGAAAGAAGAGAAGGAGGAAUCGGAGGCGAAUAAGGAAAUAGAAAAGGCUUUGAAGAAAAAAGCUCGGAUCAAAGAGCGAUACAUUUACUCUCCAACGUCUACGUUUGAAGAUCUUGGUGGCCUGGAUCAUAUUAGUGACCUGAAACGAUAUCUCGAUCCCGAACAGAAAAAUCUUUUGGAACUUGGUUUCAGUGGAUGUAAACGUAUUUUGAUCUCAGGUGUUUCUGGAGUUGGAAAAAGUAAACUAGUGGAAGGAAUUGUUAACCAUUGCGAGUUGCCUUCACUCAAGUGUACAUUUGGUCGGUUGUUUUCUGGAAAUCCAUCUGAAGUUGAAUCUUCUUGUAGAAAUUUGUUCAAUUUCGCUCGAAGUAUUCAUCCAUGUAUAUUGGUCAUGGAUCGACUUGAUCGUAUUGUCGGCAAACGUGUAGAAUCAAGAACUGACAAUGACCGUGAAAUUAUGACUGACACUUUGAUUGAGUCAAUUGAAGAAUUGAAUAAGGAAAAUGCUGAUAUCACAAUCAUUGGUAUCACGAACUCUGUUGAUAAUUUAGAUUAUGGAUUCAUGAGCGCUGCUCGAUUCACCAAAAAGAUUCACAUCGAUGUUCCUGAUGAGAAAACGAGAGAAUCAAUAUUAAGAGUGUUUUGCAAGAACAUCAAAAUCUCAGAUGAUGUUAAAUUUGAUGAACUUGGAGCCAAGACCCCGGGGUAUGUUGGUUCCGAUCUUCGGGAUCUCGUCGAUGAAGCAGGAAUCAUGGCAGAUGAAAGGAUAAGUGCUGGGAAGGAUCCAAAGACAGAUUCCAAUGGCGAAGAGACCAAGAUGGAGAUCGAACUUGGUUCUAAAAUCAGUAUAAUUCGUGAUGAUUUUUGUAAAGCUCUGAGAAGAAUCAAACCUUCAUUGAAAAGAGAUGGUUUCGCUUCCAUUCCCACUGUGACCUGGUCAGAUAUUGGAGCUUGUGAUCAUAUAAGAAAAAAGUUAAUGGCAACGAUCCUAUUGCCAGUCAAGUGUCCGACAUUCAUGGAGAAAACUCUUCGAGGUAAAACAUCCUGUGGAAUCUUACUCCAUGGACCACCGGGUUGUGGGAAAACGUCGAUUGCCAAAGCGAUCGCGAACGAAGGUGACAUCGCAUUCAUUUCAGUUAAAGGGCCAGAAGUUCUUAACAUGUAUGUUGGAGAAUCAGAGAGACGGAUUCGUGAUAUUUUCGAAAAAGCAGCAAAAGCCAAACCAUGUGUGAUAUUUUUCGAUGAAAUUGAUGCUCUGUGUACAGAAAGAGCAGCUUCAGAGAGAUCCAAUGUUACUCAAAGUGUCUUAAGUCAAAUACUAACAGAAAUGGAUGGUUUUGAUAAUCAAUCGUGUUUAGUUUUAGCGGCAACAAAUCGACUUGAUGUCUUAGACUCUGCGAUUCUCAGACCUGGAAGAUUCGACAAUCAUAUUUUCGUAGGUAUUCCCGAUGCCUCAGCUCGAUUCGAUAUUCUCAAAGCCAUUACCAGGAAUAAUAAACCACCUCUUUCACCAGAAGUUUGUUUAAAAUCUCUUGCUGAUGAUAAUCGAUUAAGGAAUUUCACUGGAGCGGAUUUAAGAGGAUUAAUUGAAAGAGCUCAUACAAUCGCCUGUAUCGAAAUGUACGAUCAAUUAGGAACUCUCGAUGAGAACGCAUUUGCAAUUAAAAGUGAACACAUAGAAUCUGCUUUGAGUGAACGAGGAGCCUCCAUCUCAGACGAAAUGCUAGAAUUUUAUCUAAAAUCAGCUAAGAAAUUUGGAUUAUCUUGAUUUGUAAUUUAAAUAAUCUGACUAAAAAUCUUAUGGUACAAAUGAUCUUUACCAUGAUUGUUAAUUUUUACAUAUUUUCAAUGUUAUUUUGAAAGAAUAAACAAAAUCAUGAUUUAUUCAAUUAUCAAA